UCCAAAAAUAAAUUUUGUAAAUCUAAAUUGUCCAACUAUUUAUUACCAUUUCACUAAAAAUGGGUUGAAUAUCUUGAAGAUGAAGGCCUCAGAAAAUUUUUACUCACCCAAAAAUAGAGACAUCAAAGGAGAAUAGGAGGAUAGAGAAGCAUAGAUGCGAGUGGCCGCUAACAAAAUAUAGUCAUUGCAAGGUUGAAUCCCAAUAUAAUAAACCCAAUAACUUACCGUUUACGUGCAGGAAAGAAUAACUCAGUGCUGAUAAAUUUUUGUAUUUUUGAGAUAGUUGAUAUUCAGAAGAAGUUCUUCACUGGAUUGAUUGCAAUCUUGCCGGGUGAAUAAAUGAUUUCCUGGUUUUUCUCGUUGUAUGACCGAGAAGGCAAUGCUUAUUAUGCUACAUUUUCUGCUUCUUAUUUCGCAUUGUGUUUGAGUUUGGCUGCUGGCUUGUCUGAAGGGUCUCCAGCUGGAAUGUCUCCCCUGUGUACUGAUGAUGGAUAAACAGCACUUUGUCCAUUACAAAAUAAAGGGUCACAUUCUUGAAAUUUUGAAAUGUGCAUCAAAAUACAAUGUCGAUCUUGAUAAACUUUAGUGAAGAAAUAACUUUGGUUCUUUACUUCACCUAAUUCACUCUUCCAAUAACCCUGCGUAGUUUGUGCUUUGAGUCGUAAACUUUUAGAAGAAACAAAAACCGAUUAAGUGCUAAUUUUAGGCACAUGGGUCUGCCUCAAAUUUCCUCAGGAAAUUUAUCUGAAGAAGUCUCAGCAUCCACAUUGAUGAUGCAUGUACCCUCUCAGUUUGCUGGGCCGAGAGAAUGGCAUGCACAAGAAUCCGAUUUAAUCAGUUUGCAUAAGGAUAGUGUUGGAAAUAUGCAUAAAUUGAGAAUUGACUCCAUAGGCACAAACCACUUUUCGGCUCAUCAUGGUGUGAAUAACGUUCACACUCCCGUUUCAAGAAUUGUGGGUUUCGAGCCAAACGAGGGCCAAAACAAACAACCCAACAGCCUGUCUUUUGGAAAUGGCACAUCGAACGAGAAUUCAAGUUCAUUCGUCAGAAAACGACUGUUGUCUCCUUUGAAUGGCAUGUUGUUGCUAGACGAGUUUAGAGGCGAACCUCUUGAAAUUGGGAACUUGUUAAACCAUAGUAGUUUAGGUUCGAAUCUGAAAGAGUGUAAAAAGGCUCACAUUGGAACCAAUUUGCAUCUAACCACAGACGGACCUUUGUUCGAUAAUGGCUCAGCGUUUUACGGUAUGGCGUGCUGUAGUGGAACACUUCAGCCCUCCCUGAAUAAUAAUAAUAGCUCAGGAAAUAUAUUAUUAUUACGGGACACAGUUGUUUCGCCACCACUGUCUCUAUCUCCUCUUGGGCCGAGAUUUUGUGGGAGGACAAGAGAUUAUAGAGAACUUGAGUUUGACGAGAGUAUAACUUUUAAGGAUGUGGAGAGAUCCCUGGAGGUGACUGUUUCAGGCUUGCUUUCUUCUUGUGAAGUCGAAAAUGGAGUCAUUUUAAGGAAAGGACUUGAGGAUGAGAAUUUCCCGACGAACUUGGAUCAGUUGAUAUCCGUUCAAGGUCAUAAUCCAACACUUACGAGCCAAAGUGUCAAAUUAGGCAGAUCUUUGAGUGGAUUAUCUGUUAGAAGGUCUUUAGUUGGUUCGUUUGAGGAGUCACUGUUAUCUGGUAGAUUAGCUUCAGGGAUAGUCAGCCAGAAAAUCGAUGGUUUCUUGGCUGUGUUGAAUAUCACUGGAGGAAAAUUUGCACCUCACCCACAGAAGCUUCCAUUUACCGUAACGAGUGUGGAUGGUGAUAAUUGCUUAUUGUACUACUCGUCUAUAGAUUUGUCCAGAAGCGUGUCUUCAAACAAAUGUGAAGGUCCAAAAUUAAAGAGAAGUCUCAGUGUUAACGGCUCCUCGGACGAGAAAGGCCGUCUUAGAAUACCUAUGAAAGGGCGGCUGCAAUUGAUCCUAAGCAAUCCCGAAAGAACACCAAUCCACACUUUCUUUUGCAACUAUGAUUUGACUGAUAUGCCAGCUGGUACAAAGACCUUUCUUCGCCAAAGGGCCACUUUAGGUGGACACAAAGAUUCUUGUGCAAGAAACAAUGAGUCCCCACUUUCAACAUCACAUGAAACUUUAUGUUCUGAUAGUAAUGGUACAAACGGCAUCACAUUCAAUCUAAAAGAAGGUAACUCCAUAAAUUUCCCGUCCAAGGUUAACAAGAGCACCACAGGUUCAGGUGUUCUACGUUAUGCCCUUCACCUCCGCUUUGUGUGCCCACACAGCAAAAGGUGCUCAAAAACGGGCCUAAAGUACCAAUCGGGCCCGAACUCUAUGCCUUCAAAUAACAACAUAGAUUGUGAAGAUCGACGCCGUUUUUACUUGUAUAAUGACAUGAGAGUGGUUUUCCCUCAGCGCCAUUCAGAUUCAGACGAAGGCAAGAUGCAAGUGGAAUAUGAUUACCCUUCGAACCCUAAGUAUUUCGACAUAAGCCAAUAACAGAGAAGAUGUUCGGUUAGAUGAUUCACUAGUUCAGUUCAUCCGUACAUAUCUGUACUUAUAUUCCUUAAGAUGCUUUACAGAUGGGUCAUCUCGACCUGUACGUGUAAAUUUAUGUGAAUACACAGUUAUUCGGCAAAUUGUAGAAUUGACAUUUGUUUCGUCAUAAAAUAAAAUACCCAUUCAAUUAAUUAGUAAG